GACGAGCUGGAGGAGCUGAGAGCUCAGGUGAUACAGCUGCUGUUGGAGCUGGAGGAGACCAGGGAGGUUUCCCAGAGACAUGAGGAGAGUUUCAUGGAGCUGCAGGGUCUGUUGGAGGACGAGCGGCUGGCGAGCGCCCACCAGGCCGAGAGUUUCACCAGACAGAUCCAGAGACUGCAGGCCCAGCUCCGCUCCGUCCAGGAGGAGAUGGACAGUCUGGAGGAGGAGAAGGAGAGCGAGCUGGACGAGGUGCAGGAGGAGCUGCGUUCGGCUCAGGAGGAGGUGCUGGUGCUGCAGCAGGCGGCUGAGGAGGCGGCGGCCGAGAGAGAGAACGACAUCGCAUCCCUGCAGGAGGAGCUGUGUCGGCUGAGGGCGGAGCUACAGAGGCUCCACGCCACGGCGCAGGAGUACGAGCUGGAGAUCACCACACUGAGGGCGGAGAUCAGCAUGAAGAGCCGACACCCUGAGACGCACACACACGGUGAGGUGAGUCAGCUGAAGGACGAACUCCUCUCUCUCACGGACGAGCGUCAGUCUCUCACCAACGACAACAAAGAGCUGAGCAGCAAAGUGGAGAAACUGCAGCUGCAACGAGACGCGUGUGACGACGUGUACCUGGCAGUCAGAGUGGAGGGCAGCACUGAGCGUGAGCAGGAGGACCAGGGGAAGGCGGACUCUUACAUCACUCUGUCCCAGGCUGGUCCUGGACACCAGGACCGCCCCCCAGAGGAUCUGGACUUGUCCUCGGUCCAGGACAUGGUGUGCAGCUCGGAGCUGAACGUCCUGAAGGUCCAGCUGAGGGAGGCGGAGGAGACGGCUCAGAGGGUCCAGAGAGAGUGUGACGGUUUGAAGGGCGAGCUGGCCGAGCUGCAGCAGCUGUACGACAGCAGCCAGAGGGAGCGGGCGGUGCUAGAGCAGGAGCUGCAGCGCUGCAAGGCCGAGCUGCAGAAACUGGUGGGCAGGAAGUCACAGACGGACUCUGAAGGCUUGAGCCUGGCAGUGGCGGCGGUCGCUGUGGCUGCCAUCGUAGUUCUGGUCGUCCCCAGCUUCACCAGGGCCUGAGGACUUGCAAUGAGUGACCUCGUCGGGAACUCUGGGAUUGUGGGAUUGCUGUCACCCAUCCAGUGCUGCCCUCAUACAUGUUGCUGUCCUGAUGUCUGCUUAUCGCAUCGCUCUGUUUAGUGGGACGGCGCUGCCAUGGCGGUUUGACCUGAAAGCCACAGACGUCAGUGAGUGCUGGAGGGAAAAGCAGUAAGAUCGUUUCAUUUACAAAGUCGUCCAUAAAGACUCUGAAGCUCUUACUGUCGGUCAGCAGAUGAUUUCACUUGGUUUUCAAACAUCCACCAUCAUGACUCAAGAGUCUGAAAAUAUCUAGAUGUACUGUGUCAUUAUAAAGUGAUUUUAACCUUUAUUUCCAUAAACAUGUUGACCACCACCAGUAUUCAAAAUUUUACUUCAUUGUGAGUAAAGAAAUAUUGUCAACAAUCACUACUCAAAAUAUCAAACGCAAAAGUACUCGAAAUACAAACCAGCCCCUUUCAGACCGUUAUAUCAAUAUAUAUAUAUAUAUAUAUAUAUAUCAUAGUAUUGGAUUAAUAUUGAUGCAUUAAUUCAACAUUUUAAUGGUAUAGUUGGACAACAUGGAGCUGUAUCUAUGCAUUUUAUUUUAUUUAUCACGUUUUGUAUGUAAAAUUUGAACUUGCUAAAUAACGAGUAGCUGAAGUUGUAAAAUCGACACAGUGCAGUAAAAAAUUCAGCAUUUGCUCCUGAAAUCUCGAUGCAUCAAACAGAAAAUCAGAGUAUAAAUACCUUUGAUUCAUACUGAAAUACAUCCAUCCACUCUCCAGUGUUCACAGUAAAUUCUAGUUUCAAGGACAGAUCUCAAUACUGAUAGAAAAUGAAAAAUGUGGAUAAAGCCAAAAAAAGUUGCUGCUGGAAAUCAGAGAACGAGGAACGGUAAAAAUACAGAAUGUAAUGUUGCGAAUUUGUUUUGUUCUUAUUAAACCAAAUUGAUUUUAAUUGUUAAAUAUUCAA